AUGGAGGCCAUCAAGCAAACGUUCCAGCGCUGCAAGGCGCAGAAGCGAUCUGCCCUAGUUGGCUAUGUCACAGCUGGAUAUCCCAGACCCCAAGAUACACCAGACAUUCUUCUGUCCAUGCAAAAGGGUGGUUGCGACGUCAUCGAAGUCGGAUCCCCCUUCACCGACCCCAUUGCCGACGGUCCCACGAUUCAAAAAGCCAAUGCUAUUGCUCUCAAUAAUGAUGUCACGAUUUCAUCAACUCUCGACAUCAUUCGCGAUGCCCGAAGCAAGGGCUUGACUGUCCCCGUCAUCAUCAUGGGGUACUACAACCCUCUCCUGAACUAUGGUGAGGAGCGCCUUCUGGCCGACUGCAAGUCUGCUGGUGUCAAUGGCUUUAUCGUCGUUGACUUGCCUCCCGAGGAGGCCAUCUCCUUCCGCAAACUCUGCACCAAGGGCGGCCUCUCCUACGUACCCCUAAUCGCCCCCGCCACUUCGGAUGCCCGCAUGAAGAUUCUUUGCCAGCUUGCCGACUCCUUCAUCUACGUCGUAUCGAGACAGGGUGUCACUGGAGCCACUGGCACUUUGAGCGCCAACAUCCCCGAGCUUCUCAGCCGCGUCAAAAACUAUAGCGGAAACAAGCCUGCGGCCGUUGGCUUCGGUGUCAGCACCCACGAGCACUUCGAGAGCGUCGCCUCUGUUGCCGACGGUGUUGUUGUCGGCAGUCAAAUCAUUACGACCAUUGGUAACGCUCCUUCUGGCGGGAUCUGUGACAGCGUGCAAAACUUCUGCUCUGAGCUCUGCGGCCGCUCUACCGAGCAGAUUGCUGCCGAUGCCAGCAGCGUCGCUGCCCAGGAUAUCCAGAACAGCGAGGCCACUCUAGCCGAGGCCACCAUCACACCCGAGAAGGACAAGGAACUAGUCGCCCAGCUCGCAGCCAUGCACGCCAAAAUUCCUGACCGCUUUGGCGAGUUUGGUGGCCAGUUUGUUCCCGAGAGCUUGAUGGACUGCUUAUCGCAACUUGAGGACGGCUUCAACAAGAUCAAAGACGACCCUGUUUUCUGGGACGAGAUUCGCUCUUACUACGACUACAUGGGUCGUCAGUCCAAGCUGUACCUGGCUGACCGUCUGACUGAGUAUGCCGGAGGCGCCAACAUCUGGCUGAAGCGCGAAGAUUUAAACCACACCGGCAGCCACAAGAUCAACAAUGCCAUUGGUCAGCUGCUCCUCGCCAAGCGCCUGGGCAAGACUAAGAUUAUCGCCGAGACUGGUGCUGGCCAGCACGGUGUUGCCACUGCUACCAUAUGUGCCAAGUUUGGCAUGGAAUGCACAGUAUAUAUGGGUGCUGAGGAUGUUCGUCGCCAGGCGCUCAAUGUAUUCCGCAUGAGACUUCUCGGAGCCAAGGUCGUUCCUGUCACCGCUGGCAGUCAGACUCUGCGUGAUGCAGUCAACGAGGCCCUCCGUGCCUGGGUUGUUGAGCUCGACACCACUCACUACAUCAUUGGCUCUGCAAUUGGCCCUCAUCCCUUCCCUACGAUCGUCCGUACUCUGCAGUCUGUUAUUGGUGAUGAGACCAAGCAGCAAAUGAUGGAGAAGCGCGGCAAGCUUCCGGAUGCCGUUGUUGCCUGUGUCGGUGGCGGCUCCAAUGCCGCCGGCAUGUUCUACCCUUUCUCCAAUGACCCUAGUGUCAAGAUUCUCGGAGUCGAAGCUGGCGGUGAGGGCAUUGGGACGGGCAGACACGGCGCUCCUCUCAGCGCCGGUACCAAGGGUGUCCUGCACGGUGUCCGCACAUACGUUGUGCAAGAUGAACAUGGGCAGAUUUCCGAGACGCACUCCAUCUCGGCUGGCCUGGACUACCCGGGUGUUGGCCCCGAACUCAGUUCCUGGAAGGACAGCGGCCGUGCCGAGUUCAUCGCUGCCGACGACGCCCAGGCCAUGAUUGGUUUCCGUCUGUGCAGUCAGCUGGAGGGUAUCAUCCCUGCACUUGAGUCUGCGCACGGCAUCUACGGCGGCAUCGAGCUGGCCAAGAAGAUGGAGAAGGGUCAGGACAUUGUCAUCUGUCUGAGCGGCCGUGGUGACAAAGAUGUUCAGAGUGUUGCCGAGGAACUACCCAAACUUGGCCCCAAGAUAGGUUGGGAUCUCCGCUUCGAGUGA